GCAGAGAAAUGGAAAUGUGUGGAGCCCUCCUCCUCCUCCGUUUGCCUGUUUACUGAAGGACUGAGCCUCAUCUGUGGAUCCUUUCUUUUUUUUUUCAUGAGUGGAAAAGACACACAGUGAGAUCCUAAUCGGGAAUUUUGGCGACGUUGGUUUCAUUUUAGAUUUUUUUUAUUUUAAUAUUUUUUUUUGUGUGUGUUUUUUUUUUUGGACGGGCAGCAAAUCAUCGGGAGAAUUAACAGGUGACAGCUCGGACGGAUUCAAAAUGAGUGAGCUGGAGCAGCUUCGUCAGGAGGCCGAGCAGCUUAGGAACCAGAUAAGAGAUGCCAGGAAAGCAUGUGGAGACUCAACCCUGACACAGAUAACCGCUGGUCUGGAUCCUGUGGGGAGGAUUCAGAUGCGGACAAGACGCACCCUCCGCGGCCACCUCGCCAAGAUCUACGCCAUGCACUGGGGCUCGGACUCAAGGCUUCUGGUUAGUGCCUCUCAAGAUGGAAAACUGAUCGUCUGGGACAGCUACACCACUAACAAGAUACACGCCAUCCCCCUGCGCUCCUCCUGGGUAAUGACCUGUGCGUACGCUCCCUCUGGGAACUACGUGGCCUGCGGAGGCCUCGACAACAUCUGCUCCAUCUACUGCUUGAAGACGCGCGAAGGCAACGUCAGGGUCAGCAGGGAACUACCUGGCCAUACAGGUUACCUGUCGUGUUGCCGUUUCAUUGAUGACAAUCAAAUCAUCACGAGUUCAGGAGACACCACAUGUGCACUGUGGGACAUCGAGACGAGUCAGCAGACCACGGUUUUCUCGGGUCACACCGGCGAUGUCAUGAGUCUGUCCCUGGCACCUGACCUCCGCACCUUCGUGUCGGGAGCCUGCGACGCUUCGGUCAAACUGUGGGACAUCAGGGACAGCAUGUGCCGGCAGACCUUCACGGGCCACGAGUCGGACAUCAACGCCAUCUGUUUCUUUCCCAAUGGCAGCGCCUUCGCCACAGGCUCUGACGACGCCACCUGCAGGCUGUUCGACCUGCGUGCAGAUCAGGAGCUCAGCCUCUACUGCCAUGACAACAUCAUCUGUGGCAUCACCUCCGUGGCUUUCUCCCGCUCCGGCCGUUUGCUGCUGGCUGGUUACGAUGACUUUAACUGCAACAUCUGGGACGCCAUGAAGGGAGACAGAGCAGGAGUCCUGGCCGGCCAUGACAAUCGUGUGAGCUGUCUGGGUGUGACGGAUGACGGCAUGGCGGUGUGCACCGGGUCCUGGGACAGCUUCCUUAAGAUCUGGAACUGAGCCAUGCACAUAAACACACACAUACAACAGACUCGCACACACGCAC